CGGGCACCCCGCCCAGCCUUCACCUUGCCGGAACUGGCUCACGGACAAGGGGUUGGGGGUUUGGAGCGGAUCUUUUUUUUUUUUCACAUUUUUCCAGCAGACCACAUCCCCGCCCCCCGCUCGCGGUCCCCCGCCCCCUGCACAUAUACCCUACACACACACACACACGCACACAUACACACACACACACACACCCGGCGCGCACAGACACGCUCCCUCCCUCCAGCGCGCUCUACCACUCGCCCGCCAGCGGCACACGCAGCCGGCCCCGGCUCCCCGCGCCCCGCCGCCGCCGAGCGUAGCCGGGCUGGGCUGCGAGCUGCUCAUGGAGAAAGUGCCGGGCGAGAUGGAGAUUGAGCGCAGGGAGCGGAGCGAGGAGCUGUCCGAGGCGGAGAGGAAGGCGGUGCAGGCGACGUGGGCCCGGCUCUAUGCCAACUGCGAGGACGUGGGGGUGGCCAUCCUGGUGCGGUUCUUUGUGAACUUCCCGUCGGCCAAGCAGUACUUCAGCCAGUUCAAGCACAUGGUGGAGCCCCUGGAAAUGGAGCGGAGCCCGCAGCUGCGGAAACACGCCUGCCGGGUCAUGGGGGCCCUCAACACCGUGGUGGAGAAUCUGCACGACCCCGAGAAGGUGUCCUCUGUGCUUGCCCUCGUGGGCAAAGCCCACGCCCUCAAGCACAAGGUGGAGCCUGUGUACUUCAAGAUCCUCUCUGGGGUCAUCCUGGAGGUGAUCGCCGAGGAAUUUGCCAAUGACUUCCCACCCGAGACGCAGAGAGCCUGGGCCAAGCUUCGCGGCCUCAUCUACAGCCACGUGACCGCUGCCUACAAGGAAGUGGGCUGGCCCACCGGCCACGCUGCCCUCUUCGGGGCCGUAGGACCCCCUCUCUCCUCCCCCCUCCCUGGCAGCACCUUGAGCAGAAGGCCGAGUUCUGAAGACGCUCCUUGACCCUCCAUCUCUGGGUGCCAAGGAAGCUGGAGGAAUCCCUGACUCGUCUUCGCAGAAAGAGGCUGCCUCGGCCUCGGCCACAGUCCCCCUGGAGCCGCCGGAAGGUGCCAUCAGCUGCCUGGAUGCUGACCCCAGCUCAGCGGCGCAGCGGGUGGCCUGUGGGGUGGGGGACCUUUCCUCCUUGAAGAGCGGGGCACACCCUUCUUAGCUUUUCUACUCACUGUUAGAGACCUAGCUGAGCGGCCGGCGGGAAUCAGGGGCAGGUCUGUGAGUCACUGGAGCAGCAAACCAGCCCUGUUUCUAUCUGCCUGGCCACACACAGGUCUCCACGUCACUUAUCUAGAAUACCACGCACACACGUCUACCGUAUAUACAGAUAUAUUCUAUAUACAAUCUAUAUAAAAAUCUAUAUAUAUAUAUACACAUACAUAUCUAUAAUGUGUAUCAGUAAGGCCCAGAGGCACGUGUGAAGCCUCGGUUCUGCCCACCGAGGGGUCCUGGCAGCUUCUGGGCAAAGAACAGAGUGUUCCGGCAGAGAUGAUGGGGUCCCACAUCAGCACGGAGAGGACCCGGGCCUGCGUGGGCAGGGUUGGGGUGACCCAGCUUGCCAGCAAAGCCCAGCCCAUUCUCUCUGACCAGCUCCCCACAUUCCUGCUUUCCACUUCAGGCAGAAAGGAUUUGGCGUUCCCUACCUCUGCCCCCCACAAAAGGAGGUGGCUCCCUGACUUGCCCCUAAAUGGGCAAGGGGAGACAGAGGGGGCCAGAAGUUCUGGACAGGACGACUGCAGCGGGGGAGGGGCCAUGGUCCAGAAACCUCGGAUGCCAGCUCCAUCUGCCUUUGCCACUAAGACAGACGGCCCUGGCGGGAGGGGGAUCCAGGCUGCUGUCAGUGGGGCAGUGGUGAUGGGACCAGAUGCCUCCAUCUCUUCCUGGGGCUCUGUGGGCUGAGGGCCUUCCCUCCCCUGCCUCUCCUGGCUGCUGGCUUGCAGUCAGCCCUCUCCAUCCAUCUAGGUCAGCGUUGCUGGGGACCCCCCCAAUGUGUGCCCCUUGGUCACGUGUAUUGUCCUCAAGGAUGUUUUGCUGCUGUGGCUACUGUGCCUGUGUCCUCCUGUCCCAUCUUCGUGCAGCCAUCCGUGUAACUGCCUGUCCUCCUUUUGUAGUUUCUGAUGUUUGUAACCAGACCCAGCCGUGUCAUUAAACAGACUCGUUCUUCCUG